UAACAAUAAUAAUAAUAAUAGUUUCCCUGUCGCACUCGAUGAUCGGGAGUCUGUGGAGCUCCUCGGCGAACAGUUUUAGGACCUUGGCCAUCCAGCUUUCUUAAGAGGCCCUCUGCAUUGAGCCGGACAGAUUAUACCACCCCGCGAAAAAGGAAUAUUUUUUCACUUCUGUGACACAUCAGUAUGUGUUACAAUUUAUUACCUAGUUUUGCUCUUAAUAAUGUGAACUAUCUCCUAUGGCACAGCGGAAAAGGAUUCAGUCUUCUAGGCAUUGGGUAAAUAAGCGAUCGGUUUUUGCCUUGAGAAACAAAAUCCCAUUCUUCAAUAAGAGUGGCUUGAAGUUGUUCAACCGUUGUUGGAGGCGGCGAACGAUGUUUAACCAGUCUCUUUAUCAUGUCGUGGAAGUGUGUGAGACAAUGAGAUUCAUGUCAAGAGAACGUGCUGGCCAAUUCAUGUUGUUAUUCUCUACAUCCUCCAAGUGAUGGAUGACUAGAGCUAUAUGCGGUCGAACAGUAUCAUGCACUAAAAGUGAGUUAUCUACAAAAAAAGGAGCGAAUGCGAUUACAGCUUUGAGGAGAACUUCCUCAAUGUAGAUUAGUGCAGACAAAGAUCCAUUCUGUAUGAUAAUCAGUUCGGGGUAGGAAUUUAACCUAUUCUACUUUAAAAGCAUCUGGACAAAUGCAUAAUACUGUGGUGACCUAGAGGAACCACCACAGACGGCCCUGUCCAGGGCUUCAUCACCACACAUCUCUCGCCUACCCCCCCACAGGUCGGUUCUACCCAUGGAGAGCGUCCACAUCCACCGGGAGUGGGGGAAAAAGGAUAUAUGCCAAAAAGGAGCAGAGAGGGGAGAAUUCUGUUCCCUGACCGGAAGGUUGCUGGACGGCGGAAGAAGAACAGGGCUGAUUGCGGAAAAGGAGAGAAAGCAAGGAGGAGAGAAAGGAAGAAAGGAGGACGUUUCCCGGAAGGGACCAACCCAGGACACCGGACCACCUCAGGAAAGAUAUGUUAAUAUUAACGAGAAGGGUUUCAUAAUUGGCAAUGCUACCUACUGCACCGUCUUCCCACUGCAAAUCAUGACUCGUAUACCGCAUGUUGAUGAAAUCCGAGAAUAAUGUUUAUAAUAUAGUUUAAUGAGAGAAAAUUGUUUUUCGAAAAUUAAUUUUCGUUAGUCGUUUAGUAAACAUUUAAAUAUUAGGGUUUAGAUUAGAAUUGGAAAUGGUUUCAGCUCAAUGAAAAGGGUUACAAUUAAUUUGUAAAUCGUUGUAUUGGAAAAAGUUCAAAUAGAAUUGGAAAUGCUAUACAAUAAAUUUAUUUAAGUUAAUCACUAGUUCCAUUGAUCCUGGUCUAUUCAUUAUUGCUAAAUUUUUUGUAAUUGAA